UGUGGCGGCGCAGCUUGCCCCGCGGUCCCCUUAUUUGGAUCUGCGGGAAUGUGGGCUGGAGCGGUCCUGCCGCGGUACCAGCCUCCAUCCUGCCCCCGGGACUGCCCCUGACCCAGGCGCGCCCACUGCUCGGUGGCAGGAGGGCCGGCGGAGCGCCAUGGCCUGCAUCCUGAAGAGAAAGUCUGUGAUUGCUGUGAGCUUCAUAGCAGCGUUCCUUUUCCUGCUGGUCGUGCGUCUUGUAAAUGAAGUGAAUUUCCCUUUGCUACUAAACUGCUUUGGACAACCUGGUACAAAGUGGAUACCAUUCUCCUACACAUACAGGCGGCCCCUUCGAACUCACUAUGGAUACAUAAAUGUGAAGACACAAGAGCCUUUGCAACUGGACUGUGACCUUUGUGCCAUAGUGUCAAACUCAGGUCAGAUGGUUGGCCAGAAGGUAGGAAAUGAGAUAGAUCGAUCCUCCUGCAUUUGGAGAAUGAACAAUGCCCCCACCAAGGGGUAUGAAGAAGAUGUUGGCCACAUGACCAUGAUUCGAGUUGUGUCCCAUACCAGCGUUCCUCUUUUGCUAAAAAACCCUGAUUAUUUUUUCAAGGAAGCGAAUGCUACUAUUUAUGUUAUUUGGGGCCCUUUCCGCAAUAUGAGGAAAGAUGGCAAUGGCAUCGUUUACAACAUGUUGAAAAAGACAGUUGAUAUCUAUCCGAAUGCUCAAAUAUAUGUGACCACAGAGAAGCGCAUGAGUUACUGUGAUGGAGUUUUUAAGAAGGAAACUGGAAAAGACAGAGUCCAGUCUGGCUCGUAUCUCAGCACAGGGUGGUUUACCUUCAUUCUGGCCAUGGACGCCUGUUAUGGCAUUCACGUCUACGGGAUGAUAAAUGACACCUACUGCAAGACAGAAGGGUAUAGAAAAGUCCCCUACCAUUACUAUGAACAAGGAAGAGAUGAGUGCGAUGAAUAUUUUCUUCAUGAACAUGCCCCAUAUGGGGGUCAUAGGUUUAUCACUGAAAAGAAAGUGUUUGCUAAAUGGGCCAAGAAGCACAGGAUAAUAUUUACACAUCCAAACUGGACAUUGUCUUGAUAAUGGUUUUUCUGAUCUUGCCACAUCACUUAACGUGAUCCCCAUACUGCGACUGUGAUGCUGAUGAUGCUAAUGGAGAUGAUGGUAACGAUAAAGACAACAACAAUGAUUAUCAAGUUCCUGUACACUCUCAGAUGUGGAUGGUGACUCUGCUAGUAAUUCAAACUCAGCAUUUCAUGGAGGAUGGUUGUGCUCAUGAUGUUCUUUCUGGAGGUUCAACACUACAUACCGCACUUUAUAAUUUAACUGGAAUUGAGAUGAAGGCCAGUGACAUGACAACUGUGACCUAAGAAAUGGGAAGAUUAUCCUUCAAGAUAGCUGCCUAGAAUUGUUCAACAGUGAGUAACUUCCAAAAGCCAAAAGAGUUUGGCCUCAUGAGGCAAGGUGACUGACUCAAUGGCUUCUUGAAUCUCAGCAGCUCCGCCAUCUUGAAGAAUGAUUGAUUUUUCAAACACUGACCCAAGAACUGCUAUCAGGGUGCAAGUAUCUUACUAGUUAGCCUAAGGACGGGAAAAUAUCACUUCCUAAUAUGCCAUCUUUCAACAGUAUUUCCUACAGCUAAAGCCUCAGGCCAUUGCCUAAUUAACAAUGAAGAUUUCAUGGACGUCCUACACUUCAGGAUUACUUGACUAUCCCAAACACAUAAAUCAAAAUGGGCUAAGUAGCAAAUCUUGAUGAAUUUCCACUCUUACCAUCCAUUCUUACUACAGACAAUAUAACUGAACAUGUGAUUAGAAUGACCUAUAUUAAUGUUUAGUUAUUUUUGGUUGAGUCCUAAAUAUUUCAGAAGGCUACUUAACAUGUAAGAUGCCAACUUCAACACUGUAAUAACAUAUACUGUGAAAACAUUCCUAAAACAUAACCAAAGGGUUUACUAACUCUGCUUCAACAUCCAACAACACAAAACCGUAUGAUUUUUAAAAUCAUGAAACAGAGAAAGCAAAGCAUAUUUUUACAUCAAUUUGUAUCCUAUCAUACUUCAUAAUAUAUAUUUGUAUAUUCAAAUUGCUAUUUUAUAGGCCCAAGAUGUGUUUCUCUAAACAUUACAUUCUCAUUGCCAAGUGCCAACUGUUAGACAUGGAGAGGAAAUGAUUCCUUAUAUUAAACCUGACCAGAGCUUUUGCCUUGUAGGAUUUUAUUUUUCCCAUAGUGUGUCAGUUGUUAUGCCACAAUAACAACAAUAAUAAUGACCUUAAUGUCCAAGGUACUUUGUCAUUUACAGUCCUUUAACAUCUGUUAUACCAUGUGAUGCCCCUGAACACCCCAUUGGGCUAUUGUCUGUGUAUUCUGCUAUCUCUUUAGCAGAUGAUCUGUAAUUUGGUCAUUGUUCUGUUAUAUUCCAGAUUGCUCUACUUGCUAAUAUUUGUAUAGAAUAGAAUUUAUGUAAACUAGUAACCAGUUGAUCUCUGUGCCAAAUACAUUAUAUCAGGAUUACACAAAAAGUAUCACAAAGGAUGGUCUUGGCCAUAUGCUAGGACCCCUGUGAAAAUAAGUAGUUUUAAGUAGUUUUUCUAUAUACAUAUAUAUAUGUGUGAUUCUAUUUAGGGGGGGAAAGAUGAAAAAGCAGGGACAACGGUAGGAAAUGAAGGCAGAGAAAUAUAGUUUCCUGUCCUAGGGUUGAGACAAUUCUAUUUUUCAUAUACUCAUUGCUCAUUAAAUAUUAAAGGGAUGAUUUGUUGAGAGAGUAGCUGAGAGUUCAAAAACAUCCUUGCAGAAUGAUUCAAAAGACAAAAGCCAGGCUCAACUUACAGAAUGUUUUGGAGACUGGAAGUAAUGAUACAUUUCACUUCAGAAGCACUUGUAGAUAUUUACUAGUGCUAAGUAUUAUGGUGAGCUAUCAUUAAAAUGUGCCGUCUUGGAUAAAGGCCUUUUGCCUGCUGUCUUCUGCCAUUUUGAUACCUCAAUAUUCACACCCAUAAAAAUUACUAAGCCCCAGUUCUAUCCUCGGAAGGAGUUGUUAUUCUGUUGUUGUUCCCUUAUGCAAUUUUUAAUUCUAUGAAUGUUAAGUAUUUUUGAACUAAUGAUAGAUAGAAAUGCCUACUGAAAGAAAAAUAAACAGAGACAAAUGUUAAAAUUGCCAUAUAGACUGUUUUCCCCCUGUUGUUUCACCUUAAAAUAAAAAGAAAUCCUUGAUUAAUCAGAAUGCCUUGGGACAUGAACUUAAUUUAUUUAGUUUUCUAAUAAAUGAAGGGCCAAUUCUUAUUUGUUUUAAUCCCUGCUGAUGAGAAACAUUUGAAAACUUGCUUGCUCUCCUGCCUCGUUGUAGCUUUCUCUGAUGAAGACUUUUGCAGUAUAUUGUAUCCUUCACUCUAUGGCGGAAGUUGUGUGUGGAAUAUGUAGACUCCAGUGUUUUCUUAGGAGGGGUGGAAAGGGGCUUUUUAUUCUCUCCUCUCCUCUCCUCUUUCUUUCCUUUCUUUUUGCAUCUAAACUGCUACUCUACAUUUUUUAUUGUUGUUUGCUUUGUCUUUUUCUUUCUACAAACAGGAAACAAACAAACAAAAAAGCACAGGAUUUUCUCAAUUUGGAAACUCAAUUGAAUGAUUUCCAGUAUAAUCAGCAUUUUGAUAGAAUCUCACAACUUAUUUUUCUCUGCUUUUAUUUCCUGUUUUUCUUUGUUCCAUCUUUCUAAUUCUAGUGAAAAUUCAAAGUCUAAUUUCUCCCAUGUUGAGAAUAAAUUUUUCAUCUAUGAUUUACUGAUAGAGAAGAGCUUGGUAAGGGAGCAAUUCAAGGAGACUAUUUUGCCAUGCAAAUUUCUGAUCAAUUCCCACAGAUUCUGGUGAAAUGAAAGAUAUUCUAUCCAACAUUUAAACAUUGAAAAAUUUAACUGAACUUACUUAUCACUGAUGUGUAUUUAUCCCAGAAACUAAUAUGUGAAAAAUAAAAAUAUUUCAAUACUAUCCGUGGCUCUAGGAAAAUGAACUAUAAAAAUGGGUCACAAUUUUUCUGAAAUUGGCAUGAAAACAUUCAAGAUAAAAAUAAUAGACUAAAUAUCAUUUUCUAUUCUGCAUAAUUCUAUGAAAAAGCAAGGUAAUUUUUAAAAAGUUUUAAAAUGAAUGUUUGAAUCUUUUCCAAUUUAACCAAGUGAGAAGUAGUAAUGAUUUACAUUGUUAUGAUGAUAAUGUGAAUAAGAAACCUUUUAGAGUAUAUGAUUUUACAUUGCUAUCAAAGCUAUCAAAGAAAAAGCAAUUGGGAUUUGGAGGAAUGUUUGUAUAUAUGCACAUAGAGUCCAUUUGUGUGUGUGAACACACAUAUAUAUACAUUAUAUACUUAUAACUAUAUAUAAAGGCAUGUGUAUAAUCCUAUAUUCUUCACUGGUGCAUGUGAAUCAUAGAAAACCCUAUUUUAGACCUCAUCUGAAAUUUGUUGGGUUACAUUUUGAAUCCUGAUGAAAAAAGCAAAAAUCCAAAUUAAAUGGACUGAUUGCUAAGAGUACAUAAAAUCAUAUUCAAAAGCUGGCCAGAAGAAUAAAGCUAGAGAAGCUGCUAAAUCUAGAAAACACAAUUAGAUGCCACAGUUGUCACAAAUCAGACUUGUAAGUAUAGCAAUCUGUAUUGUGGGUUCUGCCGAUUGCAGGCUUAGCUAAAGUCACAUUGAAAAACAUUGCAUCAAGCUUCAUUCACACUGAAGUAAAUGAACAUUGGUCCUCCUAUUCAAAUAAGCCAGUCUUUAGCAUAAGCAAAAUCCAGAUUUGCAUGAUUUUUAUUAUAUAGCUAGAGAACUGUGACCACUGUGAAAAAGGAAAUUUAUAUAAGGAGAUUGCUCUUGGAGGAUUUGGUAUGAAUCAGCUGAGGUAGGAACAAGAGUCUGAAUUGGGGACCUGCUAACCUUCCAAGAAGUAAAAGACCAUCAGAAGAGAAAGACUGUUACUUAGAAAAGAGACAGCACUAAAGUACUUCACCUGGUAGUGUUAAUUGGAUGUUAAUUAUGAGGUUGGUUUAAUUUCAAUAAGCGAGAAAAUAUAAUCAGAUGACUGAUUUUAAAAAAGAAUAAAAACAAUGGGCCCAUCUAGCCUUUAAUGGGACAUGUUAAAUGCAAACAAUAAAUUAUGUUAUUCAGUGUCCGUUGUUUGCAUGGCUUAGCACAACAAAGGAUUUACAGUCUGGGGGCCAGGAGGGAAAAAAUGCUUUUUUCUUAAAACAGCAUAUUUAAAAGACAAGACCUCAUCAUUUUAAUAGUGUACAUAGAUUAGUGACUGAAGGAGCCAGUGCUAGCCUUUGUAAGUAGUGUAGACUUUUAGAGCUGAAAGAGAUUUUAAAGACCAGCCAAUUCAACUCCUACACCUUGGAGCUGAGGAAACAGACAGAGGUGAAGUGAUUUGCCUGUAGUAAUAAACUGGACUAAUGGCAGUACUGAGACUCAAAUUCUUGUCUCAUGUUUUCUUCUCUAGUAAUUUUUCCACUACACUUUUUAGACAGAAGAGUAGCUGGAAAAAAAAAAUGCCUAACUGAUUUUACUAAAGAGUCUAUUCAUGGAAUCCAAGGGCUCCAAAUUGUAUUAAUUCUGCUCAGGAUGAGCACACUGAAGUGGAGCAAUAUUUUCAUAAUUGAAGGAACAUAUCCCAUUGAUUGUCUACACUCUGUUCUCUCUGUUUGUUGCUAUUGGUAAGGCUAGGCUAUGUUCUGUUAUCACAAAAUUCUAGGACUUGUUUAAAGAACAUAAAGUUGAGUUUCUUACUUUCUCUUUGUAAUUGAGGAUGAGCAAGCCAUUGAUACACCAAGAGCUGUUGAGUGUUGGAGGUUGCCUGGUGAAACUGGCAGGUCCUGUUGCUGACAUUUCCCCAGAGCUAAAGUGUCCUCAUAUUCAAACCAACUCUGCUGCUCAAGUUAGUGAAAUUAUCCAUCAGCACUAACACUACCCUUUGGGUUCAUGCUCAUCCCUGCGCUAUAUGUGACCUUUGAACCUAGAUACCCUUCUGGAAGGUGAAUGAAAGCCCCAAAUGUCCCUCAAGACUUAGUCUGCAUAAAGCAUUGAAAAGGAUUUUUUUUUCUCUACAGUACAUUUAUAUGAUACUGUUAGAAGUGAAGAAUUUUGAAACUACAUACAAUGGCCUCUGAAAAUGGUUCCUGUGGCUCAGAAAUGGUAUAUUGUUCUGUUGCUUGUUUUUGCUGAACUGUAGAGAAAACACCAGAGUAAAAUUCCAUGUAAAUUGCUAAGGCAUCGAAUCAGAACUGUCCUUGGGCAUUGUAACAGUGCAGAAAAUCUCAUUCAGUUUUUUUCUUUUUUUUAAUUAACUACUUUUUUGUUUCCUUUCAGAAUAGGCACCUUUUUUUUGAGUAGAAAAGCUCUUCUUUCUCCACAGAUACGUCUCUUUUUGUUCACACCUUGGAUUCUUCAGAAAAUAGAAGCUCACUUCCUUCCAUAAAGGUGAAGAACAUCUUGAUGAAUAAACAGUCAACUACCAAGUUCACAUAUUUACCUAUGUAGUGAGAGCUGUUUCUAAGAAACUUCAAAGGGAUCAAAAUGAGGCAAUUUUAUAGCUUUUUGUUACCUAAUCUACAAAGUACUAAUUUCCUUGUGUUUAGCUUUGUUGUCACUGUUACUGAGUAAAUACCCAUUUCUGUUACAUACGGAACAUUUUUUGCUUCACUCAUUUUCCUGAGUUCCCAUGAUUUUUUUCUGUAGUUUCUCAUUCAUUUUAAAACCUGUAAUCUUCAUCUAUUUUUAGAAGAAACUGUAAAUGCACAGUUGUACAUUUGUUGAGAGUUUUUAUGACAUUAUAGUGCUUUAUUUAUAAGCAUUGUGUCUUAGAAUAAAGCUUACAAAAUGGCAAAGGGCUAUUGGCAUAUUUCAGUUUGUUUUACAACAGGACAAGUAAGGAUAUGUUAACAAAGCCAGAGGAAAAAGGGGGUAUGGGAUUUUUAAUAUAGUUGAUAUCCAAGUCAGAAACAUAUCCAGGAUACUACUACAAACAAUAACAAGAUAAAAUGUUAGUCUGCCUCUGGAAUUUGUUUUGUCCAUAUUUACUGUCUGAUGCUGACAUAUAUUUCUUUUUUUCCUAUGCCAGACAUAUUAACAGAGUUGAGUUAGCACAUAAGCUGCAUAAAACAAAGAAAUCUUCCUUCGUUCCUCCCUUCCUUCCCUAUUCCUUACUUUCCUCCCCACUCUUCUCAUUUUCUUCCCACAAAACUCAACACUCUUGCAGUUGAAUGUCAAAUUUGGAUAAUUUUUCUUUUAACAAAUCAGCUUAUCGUUAUCUAUCCAACUCUAUAAGAGAUCCAUAUUUGGAAAUGAUCUCAAAAUGAGAGUCAUCUUUGGAAAUAAUGACUUCCAAUAACUUAUAUGCCAGGCUUAUUGAAGGGCUGUAUAUCUCAUUCAGUUUCCCCAAUACUUUAUGAGGUACAUAAUGUUACCAUCACCAUCUCACAUAUAAGGAAAUUGAAGCACUAGCGAGAUUAAAUAGCUUGCCCAUGGUCACACAGCUUUUGAUGAAAUGAGAUUGGAACCAAAGCAGUUUGGCCCAGAGUCCAUACCCAUUUGGGGAAGGCUAAUAAAUGUAACCAAUAACACCCCAAAUUUCAGUAGCUUAAGAGAAUGAGAUUUGUUUCUCUCUUGAACAUAAAUUCUACAUAGAUGCUCCUCUCCAACCAGCUUGUUUCCAAGGGUGACUCAGAUACAAAGACACUUUCCAUCAUGUGGCUUUGCCCUCCUCCAGGUCCUUUGAGUCCUCUCUGUUUGGCCUACUAAAAAGGAAAGAGCAAAAGGGAGCUUGUGCUGGAAGGUUUUUAUGGGCAAGUCUGGAAGUGAUGUAUAUCACUCCACCCACAUUCUAUUGGCCAGCCUUGCUCACGUGGCUUGGUAUGCGCAAUGCUGUCUAAAUGUGUAGGAAAAGAAUUUGAUGAACAUGUAGCUGUUUCUGCCAGAUAUUCUUAGUCAUGAUGACACAAUAGCUGAAAAAGAAAACACUGAGUUUUGUGCAGCUCUAUGGGUGAGUUGUUUUGAUAAUCCUUGUUCAAGCACUAGAAAUACUUCAGAAAAAAAUUUUUGUAUAUGGAUAUUAGUACCCACACCAGAACAAGAAUAAAAUAAGGAACAAUAUAUUGCUCCAGGUUGUAUUAUAUCAGGAAGAGAGAAUAUGGUUUCUUUUGCUCAAGGAAGCAAGAGAGAAACUGGUACACAAGAAACACUUUUAAGUGACUGAACUCUACCCACAAUAGAAGUAAUGUGACUUUUAAAGUCUUAGUGAUCCGUGGUUAAAGUAGGAUAGAUGCGCCCUCACCUCUGAUCAACCCCUUGUUUUUGUGCCUAUUUCCCUUGCAAGAUGCCACAGAGAUUCACCUUUUUUUCAGCUGUCCUUUGGUCUUCAGGUCUAUGCAGCACUGUGAUAUUUUUUACUGCAGAAAAUAUAAUUGCUAUUUCUUGAAUUGUAAAUUUAGGAAUUUCUCUCAUUCAUCUUUUUUAUUUGUUAAUAUUGACAUACGAACUUAAUAAAGGUACUUACAUGCCUUAAAAAGACCAGACACACCACAACAUCACAGGGCAUAUUUCUAUAAAGAGAGGACCUUACAUGCAUUCUCUCCCUCACUCUUCUUCACUUCCCGAGACUUUCUACUCUUUGACAUCAUUUUCUUUAAGCUAUCUAGGAAUCCUUUUCCCUUAACACUAACAGAAUUUUGCAUCCUAGAGGGUUGUUUUUUUCUGUGUUUUUUUUGUUUUUUUUUGCCUAAUAGGAAACUAUUUGCUAUCUUGGGGAAAGUACUUUGCAUGCUAGCAUAUAAAUUUUCUUAGUUUGUCCAUUGAGGGAGAUUAGCUGGGACUCUAAAAGCAAUAUAAUUAGAGAAGAGAAUCUGCCAAUGUUUACCUUCUUUCAGAUUAAUGAGAAAUUUCUUUUAAGGACAAGAAACUUUACUGUCUAGUUGGUAAAUGACAUAGGUUUGAAUCUCUUUCUAAGAGUUAUAAUUGAUGAUAAUAAUAUUCUGUGGUGCUUUACAAGGAUAAAUUGUUUAGUUUAAUCAGAGUGGUGGCUCUCACUGUCCAUAAGUCCAUGGGCAAACGUCUUGACUAAUACAAUCAUGGAGUAUACACCAGCAGAACCUUACACCAUGCAUUGUUGAGAGUUCUUGCUCUAUAUUUGAUAACACUUUUCAAAUAUGCCAUUUUCCAUGAUUACAAAAUCGCUUAAUCUUUCGAAAUAAUUUUCCUACAAAUGUCUAAAUUUCUCCAGAAGUAGAACAUAUACAAUCAGAUUUACUUGGAAUGAUCUUCCUUAGUCAGUGGUGUUUUCCUUCAAAUUAAAAUGGUUUGGACAACACAUCUUUUGGUGAUGCUGGUUAUGAUGACUUUCCUUCCUAGUAAAAAUAAAAAUAAAAAAAGGGGUGAGGGGAAAUACUCCACAAUCUUUGAUGGAUAAAAGGGCAUUAAUGUUGGAUGAGGACACUAAUGUCACGCAAAUGUAUCAGUGAAAUAUGCACAACUGUGCCUGGCUGUUCAAUAAGGAACA